AGAUCGUAUAGGCCUAUAUGUCGCCACGCACACCACUCGGGAAAUGUCGUGUCCCGCGAUUGUGGCAAAAGUACCCACGAUUGCGUACAAAAUCCUAUAAUUUUCCUGGAUACUUGGCCUUGUUGACCCUCCAAUGUGACAGAGACCAUGUCGGGGAUUUCUAGGACUUUCCUGGUCACGCUUUUGUGCUGUGUGCUGGCUUGUUGCGCCGUCAAAGAUGUGAUCACUGGAUACGACCGAGAGAGGGUGGUUUGCCCACUCAAGAGCUUCGUGUGGGGACCGGGACUGGAGGCCAACUUCAACGUGCCUGCUCGCUUCUUCUUCAUUCAAGCUAUGGACUUCGAGAACAACAGUUUUACAUAUUCCCCCGGACCCAAUGCCUUCCAAGUCAGCAUCAAACCUACCAGUGGACGGGGACGGAUCUGGACUCAGGUCCUGGACAGAAACGACGGCUCCUUCAUCGUGCGAUUCCGACUGUUUGAGAGCUACAGGGAGAUGAGAAUUGAGGUGAAGAGUGGCGAACGUCACGUCAAGGGCUCCCCGUUCCUCAUUGCAGAUCCAAUGUACGAUGAGAAGUGUUUUUGCCCGGAGCAAAAUCAAAGCCGGUGGCAGAGUGAUAUGCACUGUGAGUUGGAGCUACACCCACAGAUUAGUCAAGACCUUUCUAUUUUUCCCACUAUCGAUCUGGACCGCCUUGCCACCGAAGCAGUCGACAGGUUUGCCAGACAUCAUAGCCUGUGCCACUACACUAUCAUCAAUAAUAAAGUUUACAGAAAAACACAUGGUCAACAUGUUGGCUUCAAAAUGUUCUCAGAUGCAUUCCUACUAUCUCUGGCUCGGAAGGUGCGACUCCCUGAUGUUGAGUUCUUCAUUAACCUCGGCGACUGGCCGUUAGAGAAGAGAACAGCAGACAACAGCCCACUGCCAAUCCUGUCAUGGUGCGGCUCAGACGAGACCAGGGAUAUCGUCAUGCCGACCUAUGACAUCACUGAGUCAACGUUGGAGACGCUCGGCAGGGUGACCCUAGACAUGAUGUCAGUCCAGGCCAACACGGGACCCAAAUGGAUCAACAAGACCAACAAGGCGUUCUGGCGGGGGCGCGACAGCCGACGGGAGAGACUGAAUCUGGUCAAGCUGUCCCGCGAUGAGCCUGAGCUCAUCGAUGCUGCACUCACCAAUUUCUUCUUCUUCCGCAAUGAGGAGGCGGAGUAUGGACCCAAAGUCAAGCAUAUAUCCUUCUUUGAUUUUUUCAAGUACAAGUACCAGAUCAACAUUGACGGGACCGUGGCAGCCUACCGACUACCAUACCUUCUCAGCGGUGACAGUGCCGUUUUGAAGCACGAAUCCGUCUUCUACGAGCACUUCUACAAGCAGCUGGAGCCCUGGGUUCAUUACAUUCCAUUCAAGAAAGACCUGAGUGACAUUGUGGAUAAGAUCAAGUGGGCCCAGACACAUGACGAAGAGGCUCAGCGGAUAGCCCACAAUGCCCAGCAGUUUGCAAGGGAAAACCUCAUGUCCAACGAUAUCUUCUGUUACUACUUACAACUUCUUCAGGAAUAUGCGAAGAGACAAACUGGACCGCCAGUGAUACGUGAAGGCAUGGAGCUUGUAGAGCAGCCUCAGGACACCACACCAUGCCACUGCAGUAGACUAAGCCCUGCCCAUGAAGAACUCUGAAAACCAGCACUUUUUUAAGCUAGGCAGCCAUUUGCCAGUAAUAUUGUACGAUAAAUAUUUUUAUACAUGUAAAUGCCAGCUGUAUUAAAAUAUAAUCAUUGGUUAGAAUC